AUGCGGAAGCCCUGCAUUGCAGAUCUGAUAUACCAGAAAACAUUCCCUAAACCAAAACAAUCGGAUCCAGCCUCUUUCUAUAUUCAUGUGCACCGCCAUAUUGUAGGAGAAAUCCGGGCGGAGGUCCAGACGUUCUAUGGGGCGAUCGAUACGUUGGAAGCGCAAUAUCCCGGGCUCGACUACACCUACCCUCCGCAUCGUCGUCGUCUGUCCCGAUAUACAUGGCAUAGAAGGCUCUUCCGUGUGUUUGACGAGCUUGGACUGACCAAUGGAGAGAUCUUGAGCCUUUGCAAAUGGGAGGGUACGCGAGCGGCCAAGGAGAGAUACGAAGAGGAGGCAGAAACAGAAGUCAGGACAACCACCGGCAAUGAUGUCGUGGCAAUACCCGUAGGGUCUGGGCCAAGAGCGGUAUUUGAGGAUUUGUCGAGGUCAGAUUCUGAUGACCAAUCUGAGACGGUUGCUGCAGAAGCAGAGCAAGAAGACUCUGACCCGUUCAAGGUCGGACAGCAACUUGUAGACAGCCGCUCACCAGAUCCAGCGAACGAGAUUUUUGAGGUCCUGCGUGAUGUUAUGCUCUCACGGCUACAAGGGGAGUCAUUAGCGACCAACCAAGCCUUGGAACAAUGGCUCAAAGAGGCGCUAGAAAGGCAUGAAAUGGACAUGGAAUCCGCCAUGAGGGUUAUCCAAAGCCUGGAAACUGGACAUACAAGAACGAGUAUGGAGGACAACACAAAUGAACCGGUCCAUUCUGAACAAGAACAAGCACCUCCCCAACCGCCUACAUUUAUCGGCCCGCCAGUUCAGACAUCUAGUAUCUAUGAUGAACAAAUUAUGAACGACCACUCGGUACAAACCAACAGUACACGACUGGCCUCAGACUCAGGCACUAUGGAUUUAUAUUUUCCACGGACACGGCCGGAAAUUGCAAGAUAG